AUGGGAGGCAAAAAGAGAAAGGGAAAGAAGAAGGGCAAGAAAGAAGAGCCAGAGCCAGAGGAUGACUUCAUGAAGAUGGAUGGACAAACUUUGGAAAAGACUAUGGCAGCACUAAAGGAAAAACUUUAAGAUGCUAAGAUCAAGAGAAAUCUGAUUCAAAUUGAAAAAGACAUGAUCCAUGAUUUCUACCAUAACACUAGGACGGAGAUCAAGGAAACUGAAUCUGAAGUCAAGAACUUUGACACUAAGAUGCAAGAACUAGAUGAUGCUCAUAGAGUUGAAAUUAAAGUUUACAUGCAAAAGGUUAAGCAUUUGGAAUACGAGCAUUAAAACAGUAGUGACAGAGUUCAAGCUGAAGCUGCAUUUUAGAUGAAAGAAGAGAGAACCCAUCACACUGAUAACGAAAAAGAUAUGAGAAAGCAAAAAGGUGGUCAGAAAGAGGACUAUGAAAGAGAUGAAAUGCAAAAUAUCGGUGAAAUCGAGGAUAAGGAGAAAGAUUUGGAUUAAAAUCUCAAGGAGUUACAAUAUAGUCUAGACACCUCAAAGAAGUAAUUGAUUCAAAAUUACGAAUAAAAACUUGAACAUCUCCGAGAAGAACUGGAGCUCCGUUUAAAGGUUGAGAUCCACGAGAUCGAAGAGCGAAAGAACUAGCACAUCAAUGAGCUAAUGAAGCACCACGAGGAUGCAUUUAAGGAGAUGAAGGAGUACUACAAUGAUAUCACCCGUGAAAACCUUGAGUUAAUUAAGAUGCACAAGGAGAAGUUGGUAGAUAUCAGAGCUCAGAUAGAAGCUAACCAAAAAACCGUAGACCAUCUCAAGCAAAAGAUGGAGGAGCUACAAAGACCUCUGGCCAAGGCACAAUAGAACAGAGAUCUUCUUAAGAAAUAGCUAGCUACUUUCGAUAAGGAUAAAAUGGCACUUAAGAAUGCUAAGGCUCGCCUCUAGGUUCUUAAGAAAAAAGUCAAGGAUAUCAAGUAAGAAAGAAAAGAACUAGAGGAGAAAUUCUUGAAGGUCGAGAGAGAGAAGGAAGAUAUGUACAGAAAGUUCGAAAUCGCCAUUCAGUAACUAAGGACUAGAGCCGAUUACAAGAAUCAACUGCUGGAUGAGAAACUCAGAGUCCUUCAAAGCGAACUUGAAAGAAAGGAAGUUUAACUAUAGGAGUUAGUACAGAGAAGUGGGCUUGACCAGAGAACCGUAGAAGAAAUCUGCAAGAAAAUGGAAGAGGCCAUCGAAGCUAAAAAUUCAAUUCUAAGGAAUCUAAAGUACUCACUGGCUCAUGCUACCAAGGCCUAUAACGACGCUAUCAGAGUAUACGAGGCAAAGCUGGUUGAAUUCGGUAUCCCAGCUGAAGAACUUGGACUUGAACUACUAGAAACAAAUACCUCUAAUAUGCCAGCAGGUUUGGUUGCUGCUUGA